ACUUUUCUGUGUAUGAGAGAAAGAUGGCGGCGCUCAUUCCAGUGAGGGGUUCUUUCGUGGUUUUGAGACGCUUGGUCUCUGUCCAACGUCUGCACAAGUGGUGUUACUCCAAAAUUCGGACACCUGCAUCACACACACCCCACAUAUCCUCCAGCAACGCUUUCUGUCAGCACAGAUUUUUCCGUGCUAGCUAUGCUGCAGCAGGACCGAUUUUACCGUUCAAGCUGUCAGAUAUUGGGGAGGGAAUUAUGGAGGUGACUGUAAAAGAAUGGUACGUGAAAGAAGGAGACCGAGUGUCCCAGUUUGACAGCAUUUGUGAAGUGCAGAGCGACAAAGCGUCAGUUACAAUCACAAGUCGUUUCGAUGGAGUCAUCCGCAAACUCUACUACGAUGUUGAUUCUAUUGCAAUUGUGGGAAAGCCUCUAGUUGAUAUUGAAACUGAUGGAGGGCAUGCUGUAGCUCCGGAGGAGGAUGUGAUGGAAACACCAGCUUUGUCGCAGGAAGAACACACUCACCAAGAAAUUAAAGGCCACAGGACACAGGCCACGCCUGCAGUGCGACGCAUAGCCAUGGAAAACAAUAUCAAGCUCAGUGAAGUUGUUGGGACCGGAAAGGAGGGGCGCAUUCUCAAAGAAGACAUCCUGAACUUCAUAGCCAAGCAGACAGGAGCCAUCUUACCCCCUUCCCCCUUCCAGGAGAUCCAGCCGCCUCCUCCCGUUCCUCCUGUAGCUGCCAAGCCCAAAGAGAAGCAGCCUCUGAGCAUCCCUCCACCCGUCGUCCCGAGGCCGGUGUUUACAGGCAAAGACCGCACCGAGCCACUGAAAGGUUUUCACAAGGCCAUGGUGAAGACAAUGACGGCAGCUCUGAAGAUCCCACACUUCGGCUAUAAGGAUGAAGUGGAUCUGAGCCAGCUGGUGCGUCUGCGUUCAGAGCUGAAGGAUGUGGUGGAAGCUCGGGGAGUGAAGCUCAGCUACAUGCCCUUCUUCAUCAAGGCAGCAUCACUUGCUCUCCACCAUUUCCCGAUCUUGAAUGCCUCCAUGGAUGAAGCAUGCCAGAAUAUCACCUACAAGGCCGCACACAACAUAGGUCUUGCCAUGGAUACGUCCCAGGGUCUGCUGGUGCCCAACGUAAAGAAUGUGCAAAUGCUCAGUGUGUUUGAAAUCGCCACUGAGCUCAAUCGACUGCAGGCUUUGGGUGUAUCUGGGCAGCUUGGCACGACGGACCUUACCGGGGGAACAUUCACGCUCUCCAACAUCGGCUCAAUUGGAGGCACUUAUGCAAAGCCAGUGAUUCUGCCGCCCGAGGUUGCAAUCGGUGCUCUUGGGAAAAUCCAGGUUUUACCUCGCUUUAACGCCAAGGAUGAGGUUGUGAAAGCGCACAUCAUGUACGUGAGCUGGUCUGCAGAUCACAGAAUCAUCGAUGGGGCCACAAUGUGUCGCUUCUCCAAUCUAUGGAGGUCUUAUCUGGAGAACCCAGCCUCCAUGGUGCUGGAUCUGAAGUAGAUCAUCCUGCCUUUAGAACACAACCAGACAAUGUUUAAACGUUGUUGUUGUGGUUACGUUAUUGAAUUAAGCUACUACAGAAUUUCACUUCUUCCCCUUUCUUUUAAUCUUCGCUUUUCAUGAUCCCUCUCUUCUUUAAUGACAUGGACAUGUUCAGGACAUUAACACAUUUUCAGACGUGUGAUUCAAAUGUACAGCUGCUAGUCUUGUGUGGGUCAAUUGCAUUUUUCUGUAAAUACACAUAACACACAACAUACAGGCUGUUAUGUUGUGUGUUGUUCGGUGCGUGUGUGUCAUCCUCUUAAUACUUGGGUGAAAAAUAGAAAUGGGACUGUUUUGAUCAUCAUGAACACUAACACUUCCUCGAACUUGUAAAUGCAGAUAUUUUUUAACCUCUCUCCAAAGGUAUUAUUGCACAAAUAGUUUUUGAGGGUGUACACACGCAUCGUGGCUGUGAUUAAGGAACGUUUGGCGGUGAAGAAAAUCAUGUAAUCUCGACUGCAUUGGAUUUUACUGUAUUUAAGGAAAAAUCUCAGUUUAUGAGGUGCAUGUAGUUUUAGAGCAGGUCAUCUUUGGACGUUACAAAUGAACAGUUUAACCGUUA